AUGACUACCGAGCAGUCCCACAAAGCCGAAAAAUUCUUCCCACGAGCAGGACUUGCACAAGAUGGAUGGUCGACGGAAGACGAAGCGACAGCGACAUGCUACUGUGGUGCGGUUCAGCUGGUCUUGGUGAAGCCCCUCGAUUGUCGCAAGAUCACGGCUUCGAUGUUCACCACUGGUAUCGUUGUUCUCGACACACACCUAAAGCAUGUCCGUGGUGAAGAGAACCUCAAACUGUUCAGCCAGUCGGAUACAAUUGAGAGAGAUAGAAGCGCAAUAACCAAUUUCUUCUGCAUAACGUGCGGAUCGCUUAUGUACCGACGGUCUUCGGCUUAUGCAGGUGUUAGUGUCCUAAGAGGGGGCACAGUUAAUGAUUUUAAGCUUAUAGAAACAGUGCUAAAGCCAGGCGAUAAGCAAUUCUGCAAACAUAAAGUGGCCUGGUUAAGUAGUAUAAAAGAUUUAAAGCAAAGCCAAGGACAAGUUAAGAUAUAA